UUACCCUUAGUGCUCCUAGUACGUCAGGUUGUGCCGCAAAAUAAGCAUUCAUUACUCCACUAUAUCGUACAGGAAAGGCAAUAAUCCGCAGCAAACUAUCUGAUCAAGCCAAUGUUUCAAUCAUUGAGUUUCAAAGUGAUGCAAAGAUGAGGCGUACAUGAUUGACCGCCCGUCGGUCCAUAUUGUGCUAGGAAAGCCGCGUUGUCAUCGAGGAGCUUCUCGCCGUGAUGAUUAGCGCGAAGAAACUAUUUCCGCCGAAGGCGGAAAAACAAGAGGCCAAUUUAUGUGCUGACGUUCUCCUCUACUAGCUACAAUUGUUUAUCUCUGUCUUAGUUGACCUUGAUUAGGUAGAUUUGAUGUGAACGGUAUCGGCUUGUCAGCGGCUGCUCUAUGAAUUAGUUGUAGAGAAAUAAGUCGUUGUACGCUUUUCUUGCAUAUUCAUUCCCUGUCGGCGAAGUUCCUGAGCGCGCUUGCAUUCACCUCCUAUUCCUCGGGAAAUUGUCUUGGCGGCAGCAAAUCGUUCGAUUACCCAAGUACAAACAGCGUCGCCUGUACGCUGGCCUCGCGUUUGCUGACUUCCUCCUGACGCAGGUGCUUGCCGUUUAUGCAGUCUUCGAUGCUCAGAGUUUAUUCGUCUUUAUGAAUGAUGGAAUCACUAGGAAAAGUAUCUAGUAUUUGAGCAUGUUCCUGCCUUUACUAGGCACCUACCUUUCGUACCUUCGCUCUAUCUAACCUCUUUUGGCUGCUCGGUAAUGCCGCUUUGCUGAUUUUUCUGCUCCGGCACCGCGCAGAAAAUGUCUAUUUUCUCUCCACGCUUGUGAGUCUUUCGCUUGCACUGCUACUGGCCGGGGCGUGCUCGUACUAAACUGCACUUGCUUGUCGGUCUAUUGCCGAGGUUUGAUUAAAUUUAGUGAAAGAAGUCGAGUUCAGAGGGUGCUCGGACCCACGUUGGUCAUUAUCGUAGUGUGCCCACGGCAUGCAAAAGCAGAUCGCAACGAACUGCUUUCUUGCUCGCAUCAUCCACUCCACCAAAAAGGUACUGGAACUACAAUUUGUAUUUCGAACGAGUGGUCUUCGCAGACACCGGUGCUUCCUAUCGAAAUUUGGUGCCGACAACUCCAGCGGAGUCCGUUUUAGACGCAUCUAAGCUGCAGUUUUCACACGAGAGUAUCGUGGAAACCACACGUGGUGUCGGAUAUCGCUAUCUCGGCUCUAUGUACUGUGUGGCACCCAUCGUUAAGGCCACUAUUUUACGUAUGCGACUUGGAAAUGAAAUCAGACUGUCACAUCACUGUUCUUGCUCCACAUCAUAUGACAUUUACGUAAUUUUGUAUCCUAAGUUUAAUUGAAGAUGACCCAAGUUGGUUCUCUAUCUCUAACUUUGUUGAGAAGGAUGCGACAUACAGCGGGAAGGUUUCUUUUUGGGCUGUCGGCGUCAACUGCUGUGAUUCCGUCGGAGAUUUCUACUUUAUGACAUCAGGAGGAUUUUUUUUACUCUGAUUAAGAUUAUUUGACCUGGUGAAGAGUCUAGGUUACUUAAUUAAGUAAGUAAGUAAGUGAGUAAGUAAGUAAGUCGUGAGGCGUUAGCUUUGAUCGCUUUCCCUGUAGCUAGAGGAGGUAUCAAUAUAGAUGGGAAAGGGAAAUGCCUCCGCCAUAGAAUGAGUCGGAAGUCCUCUAUCUCAGAGGCGAAUCGAAUUGUUUUCCACCUUCAUAAAGCGCGACGAUGCCAUCGACCAGACGAGCCACAAAGCCGCAGUGGUGAUGCAGCGAAAGGCGCCUUUUUUUGUGCCGAAAAUAAGCGAAAUCUAUGCUCUAGCGCAACUCAAGGCAGAAGGAGAGUUCGGCUUGCCUCACGAAGCUGAGCCAAUCUAUCUGCGGUGGAUGCGCGACCCGGGCCUCCUGAGAACGCACUACGUGAGCAGCAGUGUCGCUUUUCUGUUUGCCUCAAGUUUAUGAAAGAUUUAAGUCGGGUUCGGGUCUAGAAAAAACAAAGAUUAAGAUUUUCUGGUAUAUACAUUUGGAAGGAACCACCGUCGCGCGAAAAAAAAUAAGGAAGGUGGAGGGUUAAUGAAUGUAAUAUCAAAUAAGACGCAUAUAGAGUUAGUCAACAAUAUUUUCGUGAUCAAAAGUCAAGAAAUCGAGGCUCGUAUUCAUAAACUGCGGUUGCUGGUGCCGUUCUGUACCUCACAGCGGCGUACUUGGUGUUGAUGCAGAUUUCCGCUGUUUCGAAACCAGGCCUCUCGAAGUCCUUUCUGCUUAAGGAGAGACUCAUUUGCAUUUCAUUCUCGCUACCCCCGCAGUUUAUUUUUAUAGUAACUUUUUUCAGCGAACAACAGAGCACUAAAAAUUGAGAAAAUACUCAAGUUUAGAUGAGGCGAGCAGGUCUAGCACUCGCUAGAGCUCUAAUGUAGCUGGGGAAUACGGCGCUUUCGGAACACAGUGAUGUUAAGAGUCUUCGCCACUUGUACUUUCGCUGGUCCGAAAAAAUGAAAAAGUCUAACUUUUUUUUUCCAUUCGUAACAAAAAUGAAGA